AUGGAGGAUCUCACUCUUGAUGGAAAAGUAGCCAUAAUAACUGGCUCAUCCCGUGGCAUAGGCGAAGGGCUUGCCGUGGAGUUUGCUAGGCGUGGAGCAAAGGUGGUGAUUACAUAUACCAGUGAGUCCAGUUCAGCCAAAGCUGACAAUGUCCUAUCACAUCUGGCAGACUACAAAUAUGGCAGCUCUGCUAUCAAAGUCCAAGCCGACCUACGUACAUUGGAAGGACCAUCACAGGUCGUUGCUGCGACGUUGAAAGCCUUCCCUGACAACGGCAUUACCAUACUCGUCAACAACGCUGGCUGCGAGGUGCAGAAGCGCUUGUCAGAAGUCACUGCAGAGGAUUUGCAGUAUGUUUACGAUCUAAACGUGCGAGGGACCAUGUUGAUGACGCAAGCUGUCCUGCCUCAUCUUCGACGACCAGGUCGCAUCAUCAACAUUGGGAGCGUUGGUGCACGAGCGGGAUUCCCCGGUUACUCUCUUUACGCUUCUAGUAAAGCAGCCAUGGAAGGUUUCACGCGGUGUUGGGCGGCUGAACUCGGCGCCGACGGACAUACUGUCAACUGUGUUAAUCCCGGCCCUGUGGACACGGACAUGAUUUAUCAAAUCAACCCGGCGAUUGUCGAAGCACAAAAGAAAUCCACCCCAGUCGAACAACGACUGGCGACAGUGGAUGAUAUUGCCCAGAUAUGUACCUUUUUAGCGGAGGAACGAAGUAGGUGGGUUACCGGACAGACGAUCUCAGCGAGCGGAGGCUGGACAAUGUAUUGA